AUGGCUAUGGCGAAUUAUUCUCAAACGUCAAAUACUCUAGAAGAAUGUUCAAUAUGUUUAAGUCCAUUAGCUCAACAAAGUAUAGAUAAUAUCCAAGCUCGAAAUAAUGUGUGUCCCUUAUGCCGAACACGACUCGACUCAUUAGUAGAUAUUUUGAAUGGACCAGUAACGGCUACUGGUUCAGUACUUACUCAAAACAUUCCAACACCAAUAUUAACACGGACGCUAAUCCCACUAACAGUACGAAAAACAGGUAUUUGGGCGAAAUUAACAAAGCCAAUAACAAAUGCAUUUAAACGUGGUUCAAACAAGAAUGCUUGCACAUGCUGUCGUGAUUACAGAGCAUUUCCAUCGCUUAUUCAAUCGAUGAAGAAGAUGUUUGUUACAGCUCUAUUCAAUCGUAUCACUGCUGGCCGACAGCAAUGCAUCGAAGGCCACACUAAAUUUCCUUCGAUUACUGCACGCACUGAAUUAGAAUUCGGUGGUCAAGAAUCACCAAAACAAUCAAACAUUUAUGGAAUGGUUACACUAAAUGCUCCAUCAAUACGUUCGAAUGAAGCAAGCGAGAAGCAACUCGAUGAAUUGCAUAUUCCUGUCGACCUCAUUUCCGUUGUUGAUCAAAGUGGUUCAAUGCAAGGCAAAAGAAUAGCUUUACUGAAAGAAACAUUGAAUUAUAUUGUUGAUCGGAUGGGUCCAUUAGAUCGAUUGGCUAUUGUUUCGUUCGAUACUACAGCGUUUGACCUUUCGCAAGAUCUGGAAUUAAUGACCACAGAAAAAUAA